CGCCUUCUCAGUAUGAUAAUUUUUUCAGAAAACAAAAAGAAUACAACAAAUUUGCCGGUAAACGGUGGCGCCGAGUGUUCCCUCCCACAAAUUAUAAAAUUUAAUCUAAUGUUUUCCUAAUUAUUCCUAAUAAUCGUAAUCCAGAUCCACAAUUUUUUUCUGAGUUCAAAAGCUACAAUUCGUAAUCCGCCUGCUUAAAUUGUAAAUCAAUUGAGAUUAAUGGCGUCAUCUACUGAUACAUGGGUGUGGGAAUAUAAUGAAGCAUGUAAGUUUGCAGAUGAUAUCACCGGCAUGAUAUCUGCAAGGAGUUCUUAUGGUUCAGGGCCAGAAGGACAACGGCAUUUGUCUGCUAUUCGCAGAAAGAUUACAAUAUUAGGAACCAAACUUGAUAGCUUACAGUCUCUUUUGACAGAGCUUCCUGCUAAACAACCGUUAACGGAGAAAAAGAUGAAUCGGCGUAGAGAUAUGUUAACGAAUUUGAAAACAAAGGUGACCCAAAUGGCCUCUACAUUGAACAUGUCAAACUUUGCAAACAGGGAUAGCUUACUUGGGCCCGAUGCUAAGCCAGUUGAUGCAAUGAGCAAGACAAUUGGUUUGGACAACCCUCGCAUUGUUGGGCUCCAAAGACAAAUUAUGAGAGAGCAAGAUGAAGACCUAGAAAAACUGGAGGAGACUGUGAUAAGUACCAAACAUAUUGCAUUGGCAGUCAACGAGGAACUUGAUUUGCACACUAGGCUCAUUGAUGACCUUGACGAACAUGUGGAUAUUACAGAUUCCCGACUCAAGAGAGUGCAGAAGAACCUGGCGAUUUUGAAUAAACGCACCAAAGGUGGUUGCUCCUGCUUAGGCUUGUUGUUAUCUGUUAUUGGGAUCAUUAUGCUAAUUGUGGCUAUUUUCAUGAUUCUAAAGUACUUGUGAUAACUCACCAGUAAUGCUUUUAUGUAUCUAUAUUUCAUGUUAACACCAGCUUCUUUACA